AAUAACGGAUUUAUCAACAAUAGAUUAUGAGUAUCCGCUCAUAUGGCGCAACAACAAAAACUUGAUUAACGACAACUAUCGACAAUAAUCUUUCGCAGAAGUAGACGAAAAAAAUGAGUACAUACAUCUAUAUUUCUCAAAGUGCACGCGGUUAAAGUUCAUUAAGGCGAGCAGAUAAGAUUCGAGCGAACAUCCGUAUGCAUAAACUGUGCUUUCAAAAGCCAAUACACAUUGAGGUCGGCUUCACAAUAUAUUUAGUUAGUACUCGCCCGUCGUAGAAGCCACACGUGAAAGUUUUCUUUGUGUGUAAAUACCAGAGAGAAUUGUUAACAAAUAUAAAACUUGAUUUGAACCCGUUUCUGAUUGUUGUUGUUGUUGCUGCUGCUGAUAUACAUAUAUAAAAUAAAAUGCCUGCAUUGGAAGUAAAUCCAGAUUUGCAAAAGGAGCGUAAUACCGCGACCUUUGAUCCGCAAGAGUUUUCAAUCUAUUGGGCUGGUGGCGUUGAGAAAUACAAAGAGAAGAAAGCCUUGGAGAAAUUGGUUCUCGAGGAUCCUGCAUUGAUGGAUAAAUUGCCUACAUCGUACAUGUCCCACAAGGAACUCUAUGAGGACAGUUUACGCAAAGCCUGUCUCAUUGGCGAGAAGAUACGAAAGCUGCGUGCUGAUGGCGAGGAUGGUGUGGAUACAUAUACUGCUCUGCUUGGCGGCUCAUUGGGCGCUGCUAUACUGAAGGAGGGCAAUCCCAUGUCGCUUCACUAUGUCAUGUUUGUUCCCACAAUUAUGGGCCAGGGCACUAUGGAACAGCAGGUGGAGUGGCUGCCCAAGGCUUGGGAUUGUGAAAUAAUUGGUACAUAUGCCCAAACAGAGCUGGGACACGGCACCUUCUUGCGUGGCUUGGAAACGCGCGCUGAUUACGAUGCCAGCACGCAAGAAUUUGUGAUAAAUACUCCAACGAGGACUGCGUACAAAUGGUGGCCUGGCGGCUUGGGUCACACGGCGAACUAUGCUGUUGUGGUGGCUCAGCUAUACACCAAGGGCGAGUUCCGUGGUUUGGCUCCGUUCAUUGUACAGCUCAGAGACAUGGAAACGCAUCAGCCCAUGCCAGGUAUUGAUAUUGGCGACAUCGGCACCAAGCUGAGUAUGAAAGGUGUUAACAAUGGCUAUCUGGGUCUGAAGAAUGUGCGUGUGCCGCUGAACCACAUGCUAAUGAAGAACCAACAGGUGCUGCCCGAUGGCACCUAUGUGGCGCCCAAGAAUAGUGUCCUCACCUAUGGCACCAUGAUGUUUGUGCGUUGUGUACUCAUCAGGGACACAGCUCACAGCUUGGCUAAGGCAUCGACCAUUGCGACACGUUAUUCGGCAGUUCGGCGACAGAGUCCCAUUGAUCCUAAGGAGCCAGAGCCUCAGAUCAUGGACCAUACGACACAACAGCUGAAGGUAUUCCCGCAGAUAUCCAAGGCAAUUGUGUUUAAGAUAGCUGGCGAUACUAUUUGGAACAUGUAUAAUGUACUCUCCGGCGAAUUGGAGCAAGGUAACCUGGAACGUCUGCCCGAGAUGCAUGCGCUCGCCUGUUGCCUAAAGGCCAUAUGCAGCGCGGAUGCAUCAGCCGGCGUGGAAAUAUGUCGUCUGUCAUGCGGCGGUCAUGGCUUCAUGGACUGCUCAAAUUUCCCUGCUAUCUAUGGCAUGACAACAGCUGUCUGUACGUACGAGGGCGAGAACACGGUGAUGCUGCUUCAGACGGCGCGUUAUCUGGUCAAGGUCUAUGGCCAGGCGCUGGCCGGUGAGACACUGGUACCAACCGUGGCCUACAUCAACGAAGCUAUCAAGCUAAAACAAUUUGUCAAUUUCGAUUGCACGUUGGAGUCAAUCGUGAAGGCAUUCCAAUUUGUGGCAGCGAACAAAACACGGGUGGCCUACGAACAGAUCGAAAUGCGUCGCCGACAGGGCCACAGUACGGAGGUGGCCGCCAAUCUCAGUGGCAUCUUCUUGACAGGCGCCGCAGAUCUACACGGACGCGCAUUCUUGGCCCAAACCGCGUACACAGAGCUCACGGCUAUUUCGAAACAGGUUUCACCGGCACUGGCUGACGUGCUAAAGGUGGUGCUGGAGCUCUAUCUUGUCGAUGCGUGCCUUAACCGUAUUGGUGACUUUUUACGGUUCAUUGAGUUUACUGAUGCGGAUGUCACUAAAUUGGAAAUGCGAUUGGAAAGCUGUCUGAAGCGAUUACGCCCAAAUGCCGUCGCUUUGGUCGAUAGCUUUGAUUUGCACGAUCGCGUUUUGGAUUCCGCAUUGGGUGCAUACGACGGCAAAGUGUAUGAUCACAUAUUUGAGUCAAUUAAGAAGAACCCCCUCAACAAGGAGCCGGUGAACGAGUCGUUUCACAAAUACCUGAAGCCCUUCAUGAAGGCCCAUUUGUAAUAUAAUGUUAUUUGUUUUCUUCCUUCGGGAGUAUUUCGAUACUCUUAUAUGAUUGUUAUGUCGUCGUAUUUGUACAUAUUAUUAAACCUUAUUUGUAUAUUUUA